AUGGCAAAACCCAGCAGAGAGCUGCGAGACAGAGAUAGAGACCAUGUGGGAGUAUCUGACAGCCGAGCAGGAGCAGCAGGAGGUGGACCAGGAGCACCUGGAGACUCCUCCCAGGCUCGUUUCUCUGCCUCCCUCCCCACCUACCUCCCUGUCCAAUGCCAGCUAAGUGGUGCUGACUCCGCCUUCUUCCUGCGGGAAGCCAAUCAGGAGGUUAUGCGAAAUGGCAGCCUAUCAUCUCGCACCGAGCCCUUCUUUCUCCACCAACUAGAACCAGGUGUCGUCGCCCCACAAUCCCUGCCGAGCAUCAAUUGCAGCUAUGGAAACAUAAGCGCUGAGCAGCCCAUCCCAGUGGAGCUGCUUCAGGGCCCGCAACCGCAUCUGCUGAUGACGACCAACCAGGUGACUCUGAACUGGAAGGUCAAGGGUCAAGUGGUGGUGCCCAAAGUGGGGUCAGCACGCCCCUGGAUACAGGUACUGUUUUACUUGGUAGGGCGCCGCUGGGAUGAGCCAGACCCCCCUCCUUCAGCCCUCCUCCCAUGUGUCAGAGCCAUAGCCAUCCGUGACACCAAUGAAGCAGCACCCUCAGCUGGCUGCCGACUUGUGGGACCAUCUGGCAUCUGUGUUGUCCGUUUGGAGAUUCCCCCAGCUUGGUUUACACCUCUGCAAGUGAGAAAGAGACCUCCUGAAGUGACUUUGCCAUCCGUGGUUGUGUAUUACUCAAUUAUACCAGUGGAAAGUGGCAGUCAAGAGUGUCCUUCCUUCGUUAAUGAGCCAUGGAGAAGCCCAAGUCCAAACAUCGGGCCUCUUGGAGGCAUGAGCAUGGGCCUCGGGGGACAGUGGAAUCCCCUAGUAGAUGGGGGUCUUCAGGAUAUGCAAAAAGCUGGUUCUGUGUUAAUGACCAUGGGCCCAGUUUCAGUCAAAGGUGAAAGAUUAAGACUGGAUGAAAAUUUGGAGGUCCUGGUGCCACCCAGCCCGGUCCGCCUCGGAAAGACGGUGGCGUUUGGCGUCUACAUGAAGACAAAUUCAAACACGGAGCAGUUUACAUUGAGGGUGUGGUUCCAGUCAGGCAUCAACUUCCUGGCUGUGAAACCCAGCAACCUGGUUGCGUGGGAGAUCAAACAGGAAAUGACACCGGGAAGCAGUUCGUUGGCGGUGAUGUGCCAGAGAAAGGCCUCCUCCACAGCAGAGAGGUUGGAUAGUCCAUCUUAUGAGGUGAUGCAGUUGGAAUUUGAGGUUGAUAAUGUGAUCAACUUGGUGCCAACCCAGACUCUGCACUGGAAUGUCGAGUACCCAGCUGACAUGCAGAUAACUUCAAGACAAACAGAGAAAGUCUCACACCUCUACAUCAGCAAUGCUGACAUACAGGGCAUCGUACCGCUGGCUGAGGAUACAGAGGUGGUGAAUACAGCCAUUCUCACAGGUCGUCGCGUGGCAGUGCCCAUCAAACUGGUUACCGUGGAAACUGAUGGGCAGGUUAGGGAGGUGGAUGAUUGGGUCACCUGCAGCUCGACAGAUGUGGAUGUGGUCAAGGUUUCCCCAAACUGUGACCAGGUUUUGGUGAAUGGUAAAGAAAUGCGUGGUCGGCAGUCUUUGGCAGUGAACUUCACCUACUUGCACCUAUCUGCUCAGCUCCAGCUCACCGUCUGGGUGCCCAAGCUCCCUCUGCAGAUAGACGUGUCAGAUACCGAGCUGAGCCAGGUCAAAGGCUGGAGGGUGCCUAUCAUCACUAACAAAAGACCCACCAGAGACAGUGAAGAUGAUGAGGAUGAUGAGAGGAAGGGCAAAGGCUGUACCCUACAGUACCAGUAUGCCUUGGUGCGGGUUCUCACCCAUUUUGUCGCAGAACCUUCUGACCCAGGAGGAGAGAUGGUCUACAUGCUUGGCACAGACUGGCAGGCUGAUAUCACUCACUUGGUCUUGGACCAGCUAAAGGUAGAAGAUCCACGUAUUGCUAGACUGAUAGAUGGACGAAUUUUGAUAGGACGGGACUUGGGGAUCACCACUAUACAAGUGUUGUCCCCAUUGUCUGACUCCAUCCUAGCAGAGAAGACUGUGACUGUGUUGGAUGACAAGGUCACCAUCACAGACCUUGGAGUCCAGUUGGUUGCAUCUCUGUCCCUCAGUAUGACAGCGAGUCCUGGAAAUUACCAGGCUAUACAGCUAACAACUACAGCAACGGACCUGCUACACACACCCAAACAGGAAGCAGCAAUCAGUGCCUGGAUCCAGUACAGUGACGGUUCAGUGACACCACUAGAUAUCUAUGAUCCCAAGGAUUUUCUCCUCUCUGCUGUGUCAUUGGAUGAGAGCGUCAUCUCCAUAACCAAUCAAGAGCAGCACUGGCCAAUUGUAGUGGCGGAGGGUGAUGGUCAGGGGCUGCUGGUUCGCGUAGAGAUGGUCAUCUCAGAGACCUGCCAGAAGUCCAAAAGGAAGAGCGUGCUGGCAUCCGGAGUUGGCAAUGUAAUAGUGAAAUAUGGCGCAAAGAGCGAGGAAAGAGGAGUGGUGGAAAGAGGUGGCCAGGAGGAUGGAGGAGGGAUGGACAACAGCACCAAUGAGCAAAGGACGAAGGACGGAGGAGAGUGGAAGUCAAAUAGUGCAGCAGCAGAUCGAGAGGAAGGAGCCAUGAGAAAGGUUAGCUCAACAACCAAGAGCACAGUGAUCCAUCGUGCUUCAGGUGGUAAAGCUGCCAGUGGAGGCAGCAGCAGCAGCCGAGGCAGUGGUCCAAGCCAAGCAGGGGACUACAGUAGUUACCCAGCACAAGUGGAGGUACCUGGGACUGGGGAUGGUGAGCUCACCCAAACCACCAGAGGACUGUCUGACCUGGAGAUUGGGAUGUAUGCCCUUUUGGGAGUAUUCUGUCUGGCAAUACUGGUCUUCCUCAUCAACUGCGUCAGCUUUGCUUUCAGAUACCGUCACAAGCAGGUCCCUGUUCUGGAGGCAGGAGGCAACAUGAACCACGCCCAUGACUGGGUGUGGCUUGGCAACGAGGCCGACCUUUUAGCUGAUCACUCUGACCAAUGCCAGGGAGGUCUGCCAGAUGAGUGCACCACCAUUAUUGACCGUAAUGAGGGAGGAUACGAGGAAAACAAGUACUUGCUGAACGGGGCUGGUAACACUUUGGUGAUGGGCGUGGGCACAAGCAUGGGCACUAUUAGUGGGAGUGCUGGCACAGGUGGACACCGAGGCAUCACCCAUGGACAAACCUUGCCCAGGUCCAUUCCAGAACCGCAUCAGUGCCUUUCAGCAAUCACUGCUGGUGGCAAAGACGCCACUGGCCAAGCAGAGCAUCUGAAUAAUUCCCCUCGAGCCACGGCUGCAGCUGCAGUUGCAGCCGCCAAGCGCAAACGUGUCAAGUUCACAUCUUUUGCCACUGUUCUGCCCAAUGAUAAUUCGGGUGGGGGUUCAUACACCAACUCCUCAGUUCUGGUGACCAAUGGGAGCGAGGAUGACAUCAAGUGGGUGUGCCAUGAUAUGGACCUAGGUCAGUCUGAAAUCAGAACCUACAUGGAAAGGCUACAAGACAAUCUGUGA